AUGCCAUUCGCGUUCUUCAGCGCACAAGGGAUACGAGAUGUCAUUCAAGAUGACGUCUCGGAUGAAAACUUCGAGAUCUUCGAGAGCCCGAACAAGAGGAAGGGCGUAUUGGUCGAUCUUGAGCAGGGCGUACUGUUCUGGAGGAUGGAGCAUCCGGAUGCCCGGGAACAAGGAAUGUGUAGUGCGAAGACAUCGAGAGACUGA